CGGAAGUGAUGCAUGACGCACUGACGUGGCCGGAAACCCGCCAUCUUGAGGGAGGAAACGCCUUGAAGUUGAGGAGGAAACUUGAACUUGGAGUGAGAGAACCGUCUGUCAAACAUGGGCAACCUAUUCGCAAACCUCUUUAAAGUCUUCGGGAAGAAAGAGAUGAGGAUUCUUAUGGUGGGUCUGGAUGCUGCUGGAAAGACGACGAUCCUGUACAAGCUGAAGCUCGGGGAGAUCGUUACCACCAUCCCAACAAUCGGUUUUAACGUCGAAACUGUGGAGUACAAGAAUAUAAGUUUCACAGUUUGGGACGUCGGUGGGCAAGAUAAGAUUCGACCAUUGUGGCGCCAUUAUUUCCAGAACACACAAGGUCUGAUCUUUGUGGUGGACAGUAACGACAGAGAGCGUGUGAAUGAAGGGCGAGAGGAGCUGAUGAGGAUGUUAGCUGAGGAUGAGCUCAGGGAAGCAGUCCUGCUCGUGUUUGCCAACAAACAGGAUCUACCGAACGCCAUGAACGCUGCAGAAAUCACGGACAAGCUGGGGCUGCAUUCGCUCCGGCACAGGAACUGGUACAUUCAGGCCACAUGCGCCACAAGCGGCGACGGCCUUUAUGAAGGACUCGACUGGUUGUCCAAUCAACUGAAGAACCAGAAAUAACCACCUCGCUGUACUGAUCUUCCUUAGCUCCAUUUCCUCAGCACUUGCUUUAUUCUUUUUAAACAAACGGUGCUGGAAGCUGCGCUCAUUUCAAACCCCAUUAACACGGAGGAAUAGGGCCUUACUGUCAAAGUGUUGCUCUCUCGUUUAAUGUAAAUAGUUUUUUGUUGUGAGGCAGCUUUUUGAGCACCAUUAUGCAAGCCUUUCGUUGUUUAUUCCUUUCUUUUUUUUCCCCCGUUCCUACUGCCUGAGUCAUUUGAAAGAGUUUCAAGAGCGCCUCUUUCUGUAAACUCUGUCAGGUCUGUAUUAUUUUAUUGUGCUUCUAAUAAGACUCUUUCUUAGACGUACUGUAAACGACGCUGUCAUGUUUGUCUUGGACGGAGUACAGGGAAUCAAACAUUACAGACACUACCUGCACAUAUAACGGUUCAAUUUCGAGGAAAAGCAACCAAAAACGAUUACACUGUCUUGUCAUCCUCUAGCUUUAGGAGCCAUAGAGUUGUGAAGUCGGCAACACAAAGAUGAUUCUGUUAUGAGAUUCCCAAUACACAAGAUGUUUUGUUGUGAGUUUGAGGGAGAAAAGUUGGCGUGGCUCAGGUUAAUCAAGGUUUGUUAGGAGGAGGAAGUUAUACAUUCAGGCACCUAACAGUAAUGAUUUGAUUUUUUAAGAGGACUGGAGGUGGUUUCAUGAAAACAGUGUGACAAUUUAAAAAUGGAAUUGUUUUGCAAAAAUAGGUCUUAUUUUCUAUAUGCAAAAUGUUUUGUUUAAUUUGGUGGUGAAAAAAAAAUAUUUUAAGAUAUACCCAGAAAGAGAUUAAAGCAUUAAAAUUCAUGUCGUUUUGACACUCAAUUUAAGUGUUACUUUCUAUUUCUUAUUUUGGACUCCUAAUCUAACCACCACUUUGAAAAAACACCAGUCUCUAGCCACAUGACACAAAUUGAGCUCUAAAAAAAAAAACCACACACACACAUUUGUGCAUUUUUAUUGUUUUAGGACAUAACCCAAACCAUAUCCCCAGAUUGUUGGCAUGUUAAUAUCAAGCUUUCUGUUGUGCAUGUCAUUUUUCCCCAGACUAGCCGUGGUGCCUUUAUGACAAACAGAGACUCCUGUUUCAGAUUAAUCCUCUUUACGUUCAAUGUUAGGGCUGAUGGUUUUAAAGUUACUUUAUUAUUUAUCCUUUCUCUCUCUUUCCCAAUUAACCUUUAAUUUGGUGUUGACAGAUUACUUUGGGUCAAAUUUUGUGAAUCUCUUAGCAAAAAAUUGUAUAAUGUGACUCUUAACCUAUGUUUUUAUUUUGACAAAUGCACUGUAAUUAAAGAUACUAGUACAACUGGA